UUGAAUCGGCAGAGGAUCCUCACCUGAUCUCUUUGGCUGUGGUAGAAGUUGGUGGAAAUUUUACUUUUCAAUGUCCAGUUCUUGUCCAGGCAGGCAAACUACUUUCUCUGUACAAGCAGUCUCUUGGACAAAUGGCCCAGCCAGUAUUUAACUUGAUUCUUGGCAAACUAACAGUUACUGAACCUUUUUUAGACACACGGUUAAAAGCACCAAAAGAGGAUACUCAUUAUCUUUUCACAAUCAGAAAUGUCAGAAAAGAGGACGAAGCAACAUAUUCCUGUCUCACUGGAUCAACGUAUUCACAGAGUUUUGGCAUUGGCAUCUUCUUGGCUGUGAAAGAUCAGCGGAAAUCUGUCUACGUGAAGCAAAGUCCAAAGACCAAGUCAGUCCAGCCCGGCCACACAGUGACUCUGGAGUGUUCACUUAUCUCCAAAAACAACGAAAGCGCAGAUCAGUGUCCAGGUGAACACAAUGUUUCCUGGUUCAGAUCUGGAUCAGGAGAAUCCCAUCCAAGCAUCAUUUACACUCACAGUGAGGAACAAAAGGAACGCAGUUGUGUCUUCAGUCUGUCCAAAACUAUACACAACUCCUCUGAUAACGGGACGUAUUACUGUGCUGUGGCUACAUGUGGACAGAUCCUGUUUGGAGAAGGAACUACAGUGGAGACAAGAGAUUCAGAAACAGAACUGAACCCAGUUGUCCUUGUGCUUGGAGUGCUGUUGGCCUGCUGUGUGACUGUGAUUGCCUUUCUUAUUUCCUAUGGAUACCAAAGGAAGUCUUGCAAAAAUUGCAAAGGAGCAGUGAGCGCUUCCCAUCAUCUUGGACCUGACAUGUCAACUGGGGGUCAAUCAAAUGACAUGGAUGAAGAAGCGAAGGCAGUGACUUAUGCAUCAGUGGAUUUCUCAACAAGGAAAGUGAAAAGAGGAAGGAGAAAGGAGAGAGAAAUGCCAAAAGAUUGUAUGUACUCUGUUGUUAGAUCAGAUCACUACAACCAGCCACACCCCUCUCUAUAGUCAGAGAUUCGUGUUGCUUUCUGAAUGUGUUGAUACAGGAAGUGUGCCAGCAUUACUGUAAGGUGUCAUCUAGGUCGACAUGUCUGUGGAACUGUUUGCUUCUGUUUUUUUGUUGACAUAAUAAAACUUGAUAUUUA